AUGUCUGACCAGGAAGAAGAAGUGACAAUGUCAGUACCUAAGAACCCUCAAGACAGUUACGAUCCAGAUACAGAUGGAGCAUGUGGGGGAGGCGAGCCUUUCCGGUCUUUAUCACCUGGUAGUAACUCUGUGGAUAACUUAAGUAUGGAGGUUCAAUUCGAGGAAGAGAGUUCUAGGCAUCCCAGUGAAAUUAGUUCUUUGUCUUAUCAGAAUCUGUUGGAGGAUGGAGAAGGUACUGGUCAAAUAUUGUCUCGGCAUGAAAGUGAGGACAGCAAUGAUUCAUUUCCACCUGAUUAUAGUGACAAUUAUACCAGUGAAAAUGUUAGUCGUGGUCAAACACUUGCUGAUCUUCCUUCAGAAAUUAAUGUCAAGUACAGAGAAAAGUUUAGUAUGGGGACUUCAGAAAGGACUGGUGAUCUUAAGUUAGGUAAUAAUUUUAAAGUUGGGGAAAGAAAUGAAAUUGUUAUGAAUAAAAUGCCAAUUAUUGACAGUCGAGAUAUGAUGGAGGAAAUUGAUUUGGAAUCGAAAGAUAUAGUGAGUAUGCACAAAGUUGAUGUAGAAGAAGUUCCAAUAAGAGAAAGAGUGAAAAAACGCAACAGUCUAGAAAUCAGAAACAAUAUACCUGUGGUAGGUGAGAUAAAAAGUUAUGAUAAAGAUUUAGAUCCACAUACUUAUUCCUCUCAAGGCGCCAAACCAAAAAUACGUAAACAGUCACCAGGGUUAGCGUGCCGUGUUGGCGAUGGGUCUGGGGGGAGUGGCAGUGACAGAGAGGGGUCUAGCUCUGAUCGGGAACUAGAACGGCCGGUGAAAAAGGCAAAUUUACAACCUCUAGGAAAUGCCCUGCAUCCACAUUCCAAUGCAUGUCCAGUGCAUACAAGUGAUACUAAGGUUAAAGAUAUUGACAUGAUGAAUGUGGUGGUAAACCCAGCUAGUAGCGUAAGAUCUGUCAUAGAGGAAAUGUCUAAUGGCUCGUCAGGACAGACCGGACCAGAUGUAGAAAAUGAAUAUGAUUAUGUUAAAUAUGCUCGCAUACAAGAUGGAGAUUCAUACGUAGGAAUGCGACUGGCUUAUUCAAGUACUGAUGAAGGGAUGAAAAGAAAUAGUUUAGAAGUGAAUGGAUUUAGUAAUAAUUCUAUAAUUGAUAUAUCACGUGAAGGGUCACCAGAGAAAUCUUUAGUUCUGCAUAAAUUGGAUUUCUCCUCUCAGAACGUUCUGCAAAAAGUAAAUGAGGACACUCUCACAGAGAUUCCAUUGAAUACUGUGGAGAGCAUUCAUGGAGAAGACAAGCAGGCAUUUUCUCUGUCACCCGAGACAACAGAGUGUGAUAGUGUUGAAGUAGAGAGUGUGACAUCAGAUGGCGAUAAAUCCAACCUAGGCAUGCCAUUGGUCGAAGAUGGGCUAUCUAGUAGUCAGGCAAGUGACAACGAGGAUUACGUUUCACCUAAUCAGGUACCAAAGUCUCCAACUGCUAUGCUGAGGCAAAAACAAAAGUCUGACAUCGAACAGGAAAUGUUAACAACUCCAAAAGAGGAUUCAAAGCACAAACAGCUGGAUGCAGAAGCUAUCAUGGAGGAUUUGAAGGCAAAGAGGGAAGCUCUUGAUCUGGCUAUCCAUGACAUUAAAUCAGCCAUACAAAAUAGUAAAGGCAUUGCCCUCAAAUCACCCUUCAAAGAAAACGCCCAGGAAGAAGAGCCAGUCUGGGUCAUGAGAGAGGGUGCUAACACAGAAACAAAGCCACAGAGUCAGAGACAUGAAGGUGUUGGAUUGAGUCCCUGUACUGAUUAUAGUCGCAAGGAACAAGACAAUGUUUACCAAAUGGAAAAUGAAAAAGACCGAUUACUGGAGAACCAAUAUAGUAGAAAUGAAGGGAAAUCAUACCAACCUCCUAGGGGGUAUGAUUCCGAUGACGAGGAUGAUAGCGACGUUAAGUAUACACGCCGGAUCCUGGGUAAAAAGUAUGCUUCCUUACCUAAGGACGAUUCAUUUGAUCAACAUCCUACACAUAAACUUCCAUCCCUGAAUGGGUCAAACCAUGAUCUCAGUGUUCAUGGAAAUGGUAGGAACUCGCAUAGUAGUUCAGAUUCGUAUUCAUUCAAAAAAGCUUAUCGUGUGAGUACAGGGUCACUGGGGUCGGACUCGGAGGAUGUGGGCAGUGAAACAGAGGCGCCCUCUAAGGCAUCCUACCUGAAAACCAAGACAGCAGGAGACUUUGACACGGAUGAAGAGACUGACAUCUUGCUGCAGAAACAGUACCAGAAGGACCAGUAUGUAGAUAUACCAGAAUUAAGCCAACCACCUGUUAACCGGAGUGCUCAGGCGGAGAAGCGGCGUUCUCGUGCCAAAGAAGGUGAGAAGGAGUCAUUUUCCCUGCGUGAUCCUGACAACUCUGAAGUCUUGAUAGAGGGCGUCCUGUUUCGUGCCAAAUACCUGGGAUCAACCCAGCUGAUCUCCGAAGGGCAGCCAUCCAAGGCUCUUCGCAUGAUGCAAGCUCAGGAAGCUGUUGGCAGAAUCAAGGCAUCAACACUUGGUGCACUACAUUUUGGUGAAAAAUUUCAGGCCCCUGAGGGUGAAAAUCAGCCAAGUACUGCAGUUGACCUUUUUGUAUCAACAGAAAAAAUUAUGGUCCUCAAUACAGACCUUCAGGAGAUAAUGAUGGAUCAUUCGCUGAGGACAAUAUCCUACAUAGCUGAUAUUGGCGACAUUCUAGUCAUCAUGGCUCGGCGCAGGCUCUUGUCAAGUCCAGGUGAAGAAAUAUUACACCAAAAAAAGCAGGCAAAGAUACUCUGUCAUGUCUUUGAGUCAGACGAGGCCCAGCUGAUAGCCCAGUCCAUAGGCCAAGCUUUCCAGGUGGCCUAUAUGGAAUUCCUGAAGGCUAAUGGCAUAGAAGACACUGGACUUAUGAAGGAGAUUGACUAUCAGGAUGUCCUCAAUCAACAGGAAAUCUAUGGAGAAGAGCUGAAUCUGUUCUCAAAUAAGGAAAAACAUAAAGAGGUCAUAGUGCCAAAGCUGAAGAGUGAAGUGUUGGGGAUUGUGAUCGUUGAGUCAGGGUGGGGCUCCAUGGUCCCCACAGUGGUACUAGCCAACAUGGCUCCGACAGGACCUGCGGCGCGGUGUGGGCAGCUCAACAUAGGGGACCAGAUUAUAUCUAUCAAUGGGAUAAGUCUUGUAGGUCUGCCCCUGUCUGCCUGUCAGAACUACAUCAAGAGUGCCAAAAACCAGACAGUGGUCAAGCUGACUGUUGUACCGUGUCCACCAGUGGUGGAGGUAUUAAUAAAGAGGCCAGAUGUGAAAUAUCAGCUGGGAUUCAGCGUCCAAAAUGGAGUGAUCUGCAGUUUACUGCGUGGAGGGAUAGCAGAGCGAGGGGGUGUGAGAGUCGGACACAGAAUCAUAGAAAUCAACAAUCAAAGUGUUGUAGCAGUACCACAUGAAAAAAUUGUCUCCCUUUUGGCAAACUCUGUAGGAGAGAUCCACAUGAGGACAAUGCCCACCUCCAUAUUCAGGUUAUUGACCGGUCAGGAAACGCCGCAUUAUUUAUAGUGACUGUGGAC